GGGAGUGGUAAGAUGGCUGCCCACGGCUUCACUGUUCUUUCCUGUCGAACAGCGCACCGACACCGCCGCCGUCACAACAAACGUCGUCUGCUCGACGGAGAGACAGUGAUGUGGUUUGAAGCAAUUGGGAAGCAGUUGGGUCACCCAACACGAACAGUUGCAGGGUGGUUUAUCACAAAACUUCUCAAAUUUCGCAACAGUGUCCUUGAGGAGAAUGCUGUGCGGCUCUGCAGGAUCCUGCCAGGGGAUACGGUGUUGGAAGUGGGCCACGGCCCUGGUGUGGGUCUGCAGUCAGCAGCCAAGCUGCUCACAGGGCCCACAGGUCACCUCAUUGGGGUGGAUUAUUCUCUGUACAUGCACCAGAUGGCAAGUGAGCUUAUGAAGGACCUUAUUGCCAGUGGGAAAGUAACCCUGUAUCACUGCGGUGUAACAGCAAUGCCCAUAGCAGACAACACAGUGGAUAAAGUUUUUCACUGUAACUGCUACUACUUCUGGCCUGACCUCAAGAAGGGAACCACAGAGCUACACCGGGUGAUGAAACCAGGAGGUCUGAUGGUGACCACAAUCAGGCUGUCACACGUGUCUGUUUUAGCAUCAAAGGGAGUGAUGCCAGGGGAGAACUGGCGCCCAGAAGCCUACAUGGCAGCUCUGACAGACUCUGGCUUCACUGAUGUCAGAAUGGAAAAUGAACAACACAAAUCUACCACCUUUCAAGUUAUCUAUGCCACUGCUUCAAAGACACUGUGACCUAUAGGUACCCUGAAACCUGCUGAGAACUCUGUAUGCUGCCAUAAAAUCAAACCAAUAAAGAAAUCCCAAUUUUGUAAUUAA